CCUCUGGAGAGGCGAACUCAACGAGGUCGAGCUCCAGAUGCUGGAGUACAGCGAGUCACUGGGGCUCGUUCCGUACGCGGGGACGCCGUCGAAAUGUCUGAGUGAAGAGGACGCGCGGGCGGUGCUCGACGGAAGCCCCAGCCCGACUCCGGACCCAGAUUCGUGGCGGCUGACCACGACGGCAUGGUGCUCGUGCAAGAGGUGCGGCAUCAUGCCGACGCCUAAAGAGUGCAUCUGCUGCAGGGAGUGUCCCCCCGCGGUCGCGACUCGCCCGGGAGGGUGCAUCACGGAGCACAACAACUUCGCACCGAUCUGCCUCCAGCCCGGCGUGCUCGAAGUCGCGUUCUGGGCUCUGCAGGAGGCAGGUCGUCACCCGGCGCCGCGAGAACAGAAGCUUCGUUUUGCGGCCUAUCACCAAUUCGUGCGGUGGAUGUGGCGGAGGCUGGGACGUCGCAAUCGACGUGUUCUACCGGCCUGCGUGGUCAAGAGGAUCCACGAUGAAUUCCCUUCGGAAACGUAUACGGGGUUUCAUGAUGUAGAAUAA